CACGAUCUUCAAGCUGGGAAUUUGUUAGGAUCAUUCAAUGUCUGCGAAAUAGCUACUUCGACGGGAGGACAUCAUUUCCGGCGACAAUCCGGCCACCUUGACUCUACCUGAGCCAAUUCCGCCGGGACGCCUGUAUGGAGAGCAGGCUCCUUGACCUUUUCAAGUCAACAGUGCCGAUUUCAAGUUCACAAUGUGGGUGCUACCCCUUGUCGGCUACUUAGGGGUGAUAGUAGGCUUUUGCUUUCUCACUCUAGCAAUUGCCUCCGGAUUAUACUAUCUCUCCGAGCUUGUAGAAGAACACACGGUGCUUGCCCGGCGCGUUCUGUCGCGGCUUAUCCACACAGUCAUUGCUCUCCACGUACUACUAUGGCUUAUCGACGGGCUACCCAUCUCCCUUACCUUCCUCAGUAUAGUUUCACACCUCGUAUAUGCUAGCAAUCUCCGACGCUUCCCAGUCGUCAAGCUCUCAGACCCGCUCUUCAUCCUCUCCUGUCUCCUCGUCGGCUUGAAUCACUGGGUGUGGUUCCGCCACUUUUCUGAUCCCGCCACCUUGCAAACUAAAUACAGUCGGUCAUCCUCUCACUCAGCGUCCUUUUCAACAGGCGGACAGCACUAUGGAGCAGGCUCCGACCUCCCGUCAUUUACAGAGAUAGCCUCAUAUUUUGGCCUUUGUGUGUGGCUCGUCCCCUUCUCGCUAUUCGUGAGCUUGAGUGCGGGCGAGAACGUCUUGCCCACUACAGGCUCAGGGUAUGCUUCAGGUCCCUCCAUCGGCGCAGACGGGUCUUCGACCUCGCCUCUAGGGGGCUCUGGCAACGAAAAGAAGAGCAAGAGCAAGGCAAUGGCAAAAGCUUUGGUGGAUGGAGCGCGAGGCUGGGUGUCUGAAACGGGUGAGCUGAUGGGAUUCUGGGGGGGCCAGAAGGCAAGGCGAUUUUGAUAUGUCUUCUCCCCCCGAAGAAGUUUUGUUUUCAUUAUGCAUUCUUUUCCGCCGGCGUGAUGUACCGGUAGCUAUCUUAGGCUUUAUUUCAGCUCUUUCACCUUAAUGCUUUUGAACCAAUUCGGAAACACUUUUCAAUCAGAACCUCUGUUGAAAAAAGGAGGGUAAAAUUGAAGAAUAUGGAUUUCGAGGGCUGUGCGACACCUAUUUUACAAGUAUUUUAUGUUUCACGAGGAACCCUCUAAACAAAA